AAGAUCAAAGUUCUAAUUUGGUAUCAAAUUUAAAAUUAUUUUUAUGUAUUAACUCUAAAUAAAAUUUUAAGAUCGAGUAUUUGAGAGAAAAAAUUUAAUACCGAACACUUUAAAUGACUUGCACAUAAUUUUGUGGUUAAUAAUAUUCUAAUCCCUCAUAUCAAACUAGCUCUAAAAAUUAAUAUUAAUAUUCUACCUAUAAAGUGCCAAUACAUCAACUAAAAAUUGUUCAAUUUCUUUUACUUCAUAGUCUUAGCAUAACUGAUAAAAUUAUUACAUACGUAGUCAGUUAAAUACAUGCAUAAUCAGUAGAUUUUUAUAGUUCCACUUUUUUCUCGAACGAGCUUAGUGGUUGGUGCUGACCUUUUGCAGCCCAUAUGCACACCAACUGUUUGUUAUAAUGCCUAGCUGAUACAAUUCAAAAUAAACUUCAACAACUUUCAGUAUAUUUUUUUUUUAACAAUCGUAAUGUCUGGACUAGCUUUUGUGCAUGUCCACUAAAUCCGCGAAACUCUUGUCAUCUCUCACUCAUAACAAAUAUCACGUAACUCUGUCCACUAAUGCUAGAACAUAUGUAUAGUGUCUGGAUCAGUUUUCACGCACCUUGACUAAAUCCACAGGAUACCUGCCAUCUUCACUGGCAACAUAUAUCACGUAAUUCUUUCUACUAACGCUAGAACAUAUCCAUAGUGUCUGGACCAACUUUCAUGAACCUCGACUAAAUCUAGAGAUACCUGCCAUCUGCACCAGCAAUAUAUAUCAUGCAACUCUAUCCAGCAAUGCUAGAACAGAUAAGAAGAAUCACCUAGUGUUGUUUUGUCUCCAUUGGAAUUCAAACCUGAGACCUCGUGCUUUCAACUCACUUAAUUGACCACGAGGCUGCACCAUAUUUUGCAUUCGGUCGCUUUUUAGAAUGUUCCGUAGACGAGUUGUAUCAAUAUUAAAUCUUGGUAGCAAUGCAGCAUUAUCAACUAUAAGUAAAUCAGCAAUGGAAGCUCUACCAAGAAAGCUGAAAAAGGCGGAAAAGAAGCCGUGGGUGACGAGUAUUCACGAGCUUAAGCGGAGAGGAAGAGUGGACAAACAAGAGAGAAGAGUGGUACGUGAAGUUGCAUUGCAGCCACCGGAAAAUGGACUGUUAGUUGAAAAGCUAAUACCAGUUGCUCAUCAGGUUUUAGCUUCAAGAAAUCAGUUGUUAGCUUGUGUUUCGAGGAUAUCGGAGGAUAUUCCUAUUUAUUUUUGCAGCUUAUGUACUGAAGUUCAUGUUGGUCAUCCACCACAUAAGAUCAGAACUUGCAACGUUAGCGGCAGUCAGAAGAACAAAGAACAUACAUGGAAAAGAGGGGGCGUAGAUCAUGUAUUACCUGUCGUAGAAUCUUUUCAUCUCUACGACAGGUUGGGAAGAGCAGUUUCACAUAAUGAACGACUUCAAGUUGAUCGCAUCCCAGCCCUUGUGGAAUUGUGCAUUCAGGCUGGUGUGGACUUACCUGAAUAUCCAACCCGAAGAAGGAAGUUCCCCGUUUACCGGGUUGCUGGAAAACUCAUAGAUUUUGAGAAGAGGUUUCCCAAGGAUGAUUUUUCCGAGAAGGACAUAGAGUCUUUUCGGUCUAGGGGAACUAUUAAGAAGCCCAUCGGAGAUGAAAAUCAUUUGAAUUUACCCUAUGAUGACAUAAAAGGAUUCGCUGUGCGAGGAGUGGAAGCUUGGGAAAUUUUGCGUACUGGAGCCAUACAACUCAUGCAAACGUAUGGUGUUCAAACAUGUGGAUAUUGUCCCGAGUUGCAAGUUGGUCCGAAGGGUCAUCGGGUUAGGCAAUGUCAAGCCUUCAAGCACCAGAUGAGGGAUGGACAGCAUGCUUGGCAAGAAGCAACGAUAGACGAUCUUCUCGCUACUGUAUAUGUCUGGCAUGUGCGAAACCCACACGCUGGUGACCUUUUGGUAGAUUCUUUGAAGAGGUAUUACGGAAAGUUACCUGCGGUCCUUGAACUGUUUAGUCAAGCUGGAGCACAAGUCGGAGAUGAUUACUAUCGCAUGAUGAGGGAAGAUGUCGUAGUUCCUGAACUAGAUGAAGAAAAAUUUGUUGUAUAAAGCUCUGAAAUGCUGGCCAACAUAUUGCCAGAGGAAAAGGAUCAUUGAACCGAGCUUGUUGUUUCGUUGGUUUGAUUGUUGCUGGCGAGGAUUACCCAAGACUAUCGUUGCAAGGGCUCGUUGAUUGUUAGGGUAAUCUACGCGGAUUCUGGGAGUUGGAAAUUCAACUUCACAUGAACCUUAAAGAAUGUUGUGAAUACAUGUAAAAGAAGUUUGUCGUGUUAAACAAGAAUGUAAACAAGGCCAUAGUUAAUUUAUUAGUCCUUCGUCUCAAUUUAUGUGGCAUAAUUUUAC